AUGCCCAUGACCACACUGGUGCAGAGCAGAUCUGAGCCCUCACAGCCAGUGGGCAGAGGGUCUGCUCCUCGUGGAAGAUGUGCAGCAGAGUAUUUCCUCCUCACCACCAUGUGCUACGACCGCUACGUUGCCAUCUGCAAACCCCUGCACUACGGGACCCUCCUGGGCAGCAGAGCUUGUGCCCACAUGGCAGCAGCUGCCUGGGCCACUGGCUUUCUCAAUGCUCUGCUGCACACAGCCAGUACAUUUUCCCUGCCCCUGUGCCAGGGCAGUGCCCUGGGCCAGUUCUUCUGUGAAAUCCCACACAUCCUCAAGCUCUCCUGCUCACAGUCCUAUAUCAGGGAACUUGUGCUUAUUGGGGUUAGUGACUGUUUAGGAUUUGGUUGUUUCAUUUUCAUUGUUUUCUCCUAUGUGCAGAUCUUCAGGGCUGUGCUGAGGAUCCCCUCUGAGCAGGGGCGGCACAAAGCCUUUUCCACGUGCCUCCCUCACCUGGCUGUGGUCUCCCUCUUUGUCAGCACUGCCAUAUUUGCCUACCUGAAGCCCCCUUCCAUCUCCUCCCCAUCCCUGGAUCUGACCCUGUCAGUUCUGUACUCUGUGAUUCCUCCAGCACUGAACCCCCUCAUCUACAGCCUGAGGAACCAGGAGCUCAAGGAUGCCCUGAGAAAAAUGAUGACUGGAUGCUUUUCAGGAGAAAUAAGGUGCCAGUUUUCUGGUGUGUAG